GACUAAAACGUAGCUUAAGAGUAGUUGGUUCAGCUGAAAUGUAUCAAAUGAAGUGGGCAGCCUAACUUUCAGCGCAGGCAUUUGAUGGGUCUGAACACUGACUUUGAGUAAUUUAUAUUUUACAUCUGUCUGUAGCUGCACACAAGAAAAACUUGUACUUUCAGUUCAUUCACACCUAAUAGUAGGCGUGGUUUGUGGUUCAGGGUAGGGCAAGGUCAUAUUAAAUUGCUCGUACAGAACACCUGUACGGAUCUAGGUAGGGACCGUCGCACUUUGGAUUACUUCUGGAAAAAUGUCUUUCAUGACAAUGGAUCCGUUGAAAUCGGCCAUAUCGAUAGGGAAUGUCGACGAGACAUCUCUUGCUUUGCCGUCUGAUAACCAACUUCGGUCCAAACAACAGCGGGUUUUGGAUCAAGUGCAAACGAUGAAGAGGGGAAAGUCGAAGUAUGGUAAAAAUGGAUCUCUGUCAUCGCCAACGAGUCCCCAAAACAUCAACAUAUUCUCUGAAUCCGUAAAGUCAUCUUCCAAUCUCAAUGGAAAUGCAUUCUUUAAUGUUUCAGCUGGUCAUAAUACCCUCUCAAAAACGCUCAUCAAAGAACAGAACACAGAGGGGCUUAGGGUCACGGCCUCCAAGGGAUCGACAAUCAAGAGGAUCGAGGGUGGCACCCGCCAGUGGAAGAGGCACACAAUAGCCAUGGGACAGAACAACAGCAGCCGCAGUGUGCCAGAGCUGGGCCGCAACCCCGCCAGUACUCUCCCAGCACAGCGUUCCAAGCCAGCGGGUUGGCAGACCCAGCCUUACAGAUCAAGCAUCAUUCUGGCCGAUAGCGGCCGUGGACCAGUCCUCACCAACGGUUUUUCUCAGGGCACAUUCAUCAGCAACGAGCUGCAUCCUAAGAGCAGAAAAAUCAUUGGCACGAAAAGUAGCCAGGUUACCAGCACUCAAUUUCCUAAUGAGAUGGUAUCCUCGAGCCUGUCCGUGGGGGAGUCUAAGAAUAUAAAAAGCAAGAGUGAUUUUGGGAUGAACAAUAAUGGUCAGAUUGCUGAUAUUACCAUGAAGGAGGCGGUGGAGUACUUGUCCAGUGGAGAUGUUAACUACCAGCACUGCGGAGCCUCUUUUAUCCAACAUUCUACCUUCACUGAAGAAAAGGCUAAACAGGAGGUUUUGCGGUUCAAAGGCAUUCCUCCUUUGGUGAACCUGCUGAAGAGUACCAGUCCCCAGGUCCAACAGACAGCUUCCGCCGCUCUGCGGAAUCUGGCCUUUAAAGAUCCGGACAACAAAGAGGAGAUCCAACGCUGUGGGGGUAUCACUGAGGUCCUGACCCUGCUCCGAGAGACAAACUGUAGUGAGACACAGAAACAACUCACAGGUCUCCUUUGGAACCUGUCAUCUGCAGACAGUCUGAAGCCAGAGUUGGUACGGUGUGCUCUUCCUGUUCUGAUGGACACCGUGAUAGUACCCUACACGGCAGGAAUGGGCGAGACCAGCAACCAGGACCCAGAGCUCUUCUACCAUGCUACGGCCUGCCUACGAAACCUAAGCUGUGCGAAACAAGGCAACCGGCAGGCUAUGCGUAACUGUCGAGGCUUCAUAGACUCCCUAGUCAGUUAUGUCCAGGGUUGCGUGGAUGCCGACAAGCCUGAUGACAAGUCUGUGGAGAACUGUGUGUGUGUCUUGCACAACCUGAGCUUUCAGCUGGAGAAUGAGGCCCCGACCCUGUUCAGCAAGAUCAAUGCUCUGGCAAAAACCACAUCCAGGGCCAACGCCCACGGUGACGUCGGCCCCAUUGGCUGCUUCAGCCCACAGAGCAGUAAGGUCCUGGAGCAAGAGAAUCACUUUGAUUUCCCUGUAAUGGAGGACCCGAAUCCUAAAGGAGCGGGUUGGCUGUUCCACUCCAAGACCAUUGAGAGUUAUCUGUCUUUGCUGGGUUCGAGUCAGAGAGAUGACACCCUGGAGGCCUGCUGUGGGGCCCUGCAGAACCUAACUGCUAGCCCUGGCAUUGUAUCAAGUGUGAUUAGCCAGAGCAUCGUGCGGAAGCUGAAUGGCUUGCCUCAAAUCUCUCCUCUGCUGCAGUCCUCCAACCUCGGCCUCCAGAAGACCGCUGUGGCUCUGGUUGGAAACUUGACCAAGAACCCGGGCCUUCAGAGUAAAAUAGCCCGACAGACUCUCCCGGAUCUGGUUGGCAUCCUCCACUCGUUGUCCAAGGAAGAGACUGAUUCGGAUGACACCCUGGCCAUGGCAUGUCAAACCUGCCAUAGCUUGUUGAUAAAGGAGCCUGAGAUGGGGAAAAACCUACUCACUAACACUGUUGUCAACACACUUAAUGAUCUGAGCAAGAACAGGCAAUUACCAAAGGCCAGCAAAGCAGCAGGAGUACUCCUCUACGGUCUCUGGUCAGAGAAGGACAUACAGAGCUUUCUUAAAAAGCAAGGAAUGAACAAGAGUUCUUUUGUGAACGACAUCACCAGCGUGGCUCACAGGUCUGUGCAGGUCAUUGAGUAACAAGACAGCCGGGAAAGCUCUCGCAUCACAAUCUUCUGAUUUACUUAUGGACUGUUAAUGGACCACCAUGCCUGCUAAAGUACACAUUGCGCUUGGCUCAUCUGAUCUUUUUAGGAAAUGUUUGCUAUGGAUUUUAAUCUGUUUACUGCUGACUACCGUGUGUGUGUGUGUGUGUGUGUGUGUGUGUGUGUGUGUGUGUGUGUGUGUGUGUGUGUGUGUGUGUGU